UGAUGAUAUGUACGAUUUAUAGAUCAAAAGACCUUUUCCUUCCAUCUUUAACCCCUUUACAUAUCUGUUCUUCUAUAUGAAAGUAACAAAACCAGGUUUGGCGAACACAAGUCGGGAGCAUGGCCGUUGGGAGGGGAAUCGACGAUUCAAAUGGGAUCGAUUCGGAAUCAGACUCCAUCGAGGCAAGGAUGGUUCGUGGUUGGAUCUUCUUCUUGGAGUCGCCAAGUCGGGGUUGGACUGAGAUUGAGCAACGACGGGGCAAGAAAUAUUCGGCGUGUUAUGUCCAGGAGCCCGAGUGGAGACUUAUCCUUGGUAGAAAAUCGUGCAAGAGGAGGGAAGUGGUGGAGCCGGGCUAUGGGUUCACCGUCCAGGAUGGAGUAAAGGCAAAUCAAGUUUCAACGGAGGCUAUUAAUGAGGGGCCUAAUUGCAAUUAUCAUUAAGUAUAAAUUAUUUUAAUAAAUAUAAUAUAGUUUAAUAGAUAAUAAUUAAUUAUAAAUAAAUCAAUUUACU